AGCAGAUUGUGUGUAAGGCAACGAACCAAGUUUUUACUUCGAUUCAAAUUUCAGCAGCUCGAGUGUCUCCCUGUAAUUAUAAUUACGCACAUGAAUAUCAUGGAGGACAAAAAGAAAGUGGCAUUAUAUUUCCGCAAGAGCACAAAAUUGGAAUCUGAAGAUACAAUUGUUGAAAUCGAAUUGAACAAGACAAAAAUUAAUAAGUCGCAAACUAAUAUCGAGAAGCGGACUUGUACAAUACAGAAAGACUCCACCGUGGUCAACGCUUCGCGUACGAAGAUGACCACUGAAGAGCCGAUAUCAAAUUUGCUAACCGAUUCACCGUUCAAGCGGCGUCCGUUGAUUCUACGCUCGCCACCGGAUACUCCGAAGGUAUCGACAAAAGCACAGAUGAACACGCCAAAGCUACCGUUAGAUAGCCCAUCAAAGUUGGCUGCACUCAAAACACAUAAACAACGAGUGGACACUCCCCGGGAUGCAGGUGGUCACACCCAAAAAAGCAGUCGGAUAUUGGGAAUGUGUCACCUGGAGUGCCGCAAACUGAAACAACAAAUAAAACACUGGAGAAACCGAUUAAUUUGUCACCGCUUCAAGAAACGAAAACAAACACUCCAACUUUACCAUUGGCAGCUCCAACGAUGUUGCCGUCUCUCGCGAAUGAUAUUUCACCAAACACUUUAGGGAUGUCGCCGUCAACACCGCCACCACGUGCCAUAAAUAUGCCAUUGGAGGAGGGUUCUUCGAUCCGACCACAAGCUGAAGCUGCUGCUCCACCACGUCCAGGCACUCCAAUGCCGAUCUCCUCGCCGGAUGUGCUCAAGUACAAUCCUUACGAGGAUUGGCAGCAACGUCUGAACAUCAACCAGAUGCGUCAACAGUCUCGCACUGCCAAAGUUGCUGCCGCCGCUGGAGCCGCAGCUGCUGCCGCUCAUGUGCGUCGUGGUGCCUUGGAUGUCAUCAUUGAUCGCAAACAGCAGCAGACGCCACGAUCACAGGCUGCUGUCAAUAGCGAUCGGCAUCUCGAUGAACAGCGUGGCAUUCGGAAUAUUAAUUUGCUCAGCUCAGCUUUGCACAUUAUACGUGAAAUGGAUCCGGACUAUGUGGAGAAACUCUGCUAUGCCAUUCACGAUCAUAUGUCCAGGGAGAAGCCCUUGGAUUAAUCACAUUAACAUCCAUUCAUAUAUUAUAUACACUUUUUUUGUUGUUUUGCUGUUUGUUUGCUGGCUGCUUUACUCACACGUUUACACGGAUUAUUUCUUAUAAAUUUGAAGUUUUAGUUGCAUUUUGAUAAAAUACUAAUACGACACUUACUAUAUAUAAAGCCUAGAAUAACGUAAUUUUUUUGGGUAUUACUUGUAGCCUUCGUUGUACUUCUCUUUCUAAUUGAUGUGUUGCCUACAGAACAGAUUUUUAUUCUAUAGUAGACUAUUUAUUAUUCUUCUAAAAAUGUGCCAAUAAUACAAAUUUUAGUUUUUAUUAAAUAUUUUUGAUAACAAUUUAAAAAGUAUUUACUUUCGCAGCGUACUUCAACAUUCACUCCAAGCACAUUUGAAUUAAUGCGGCAUAUUUUGGCGUUGAUUGGCAACUCCAGAAAUCUCCAUGCCUCCAGAAAGUAACUGUAUUCCAUCUUAGAAUAGAAAGUAUAGUAAAUGAAGAACUUUU